AUGCCGUGCAAGGGCAAAGUUAAAGUUGGAUUUGACACUAGUGGGAAGGAAGUGUUCGAAAAAUGUGGAUGGAUUAUGAGGUUGUGCAAACGGACCUAUGGUGGCAUACAGCGCAGGUAUAUGAAAAAGGCAACCAUAAGAAAGUUCAGUAGUGAUGAUGUACAGUAUAAAACCAGACGACGACAGGAAGAAGCACUUAAGAUCUUCAAGUUUGAACUCGUUAAUAUCCGGGAUUUUAAGUUAACACCUGCUCACUGGACAGCUUCAGACAUAACUGCCAGAGCACUUGUCUAUGAACUGGAUAAGAUCGACAUUUUUGUCAAUGCUUGGACUACAACAGAGUCGUUUGAUCAACUUGACCUUGCAACGAGGAAUGCCAUUAUACAUGGAGCAACUAAGGGUCGUCGCGGAUUGGGCUCAAUAUAUGUUGUACCGGCUGGACCUUGCGGAAACGAGUUGUCACACAAUAUUCAUACAAUUUCCGUCAAUAGUAUUGGUAGAUAUGGAACACAGCCUUACGAUGCCGUACUUGAUUCAAGUGUUCUAGUGUCUGGUCUGAGAGAAGGGAAUAAUCUGACGGCAUCCACUAUAGUAACAGCAUCCCACGGGAACAAAUGUGUAGCAAAUUUCAGAGGUGCAUCUGUUGCUGUAUCUCAAGUUUCUGCAAUAAUAGCUUUGGGGUUACAGGCAAAUCCAAAAUUAACACUAAGGGAUGUGCAACAUCUAUUGGUACAGGCUUCAAACUAUGAAGAUCUGGUUGAAACCAUAGUAUUUCGGAGCAAUGGGGCGUUCAGAUAUUUUCACAACAUCUUCGGAUUUGGUCUUUUGAAUGCUGAUAAAUUUGUCAGACUGGCCUACAACCAUACAUCUUUAUCAUCGUUAUUAUCCAAGAAUUUAUACAAUUACAAACUAAGAACCCCCGGAGACCGAACACAGAUUUUCGAGUUCAACUACAGCUGUGACAAUUACAGUGAUCAAACAUGCUUAACGUCCAUCGAGCAUGUGACGACAUCAAUUAACUUCACAACAUCAAGCAGUCUUUUGAAAAUGGAAAUAAUAUCACCUAGCAAAACGAGUUCAGUUUUAAUGAUUUUAAGAAUCAAAGAGGAAGAGAAGCCACUGAGUAAGGGAGGGAAGAUUGUGUCAGUACAUUUUUGGGACGAAAUGCCAUCUGGGAAGUGGUCCAUCAGAGUGCGAAACAGACAUUCCUUAG